GUUUAAUAAUGGAGGAAGAUAAACUAAAAGGAUACAAUGUAAAAUUAGUAGACGGUUUUCCUGAUAAAUACAAAUGUUAUUUUUGCAAACUAGUUUUCCGUGAUCCUAUACAAACAUUCCGUGGUGAAAGAGCCUGCAAAUAUUGUUAUUUUAGUAUGAAAAGGAAGAAUCCUGAUGUAUGCCCUAUAGACAAAGAGCCUAUCAAUGACAAUGAGAUAUUUCAAGAUAAACAUCUUAUGAGAGAAAUAGGACAAUUGAAGUGUUAUUGCAAUAAUAAAGAUGCUGGAUGCUUAUGGAAAGGAGAAUUGCUUGAAAUUCAGAAACACCAUGACGGAUGUGACUAUAAUCAGAUAGCUUGCGAUAAGUGUAAUAAUCAAAUCCUAAUAAGAAAUAAGGAUUUUCACCAAAGUAAAGAAUGUCUAUAUCGUUUGAUUACUUGCAAUGAUUGUAAGAUACCGAUAAAGGCAAAUGACUUGGAGAAUCACCGCUUAAUCUGUCCAAUGAAAAGAGUUGAUUGUCCAUAUAAUUGUAAUGAAAAACCUCUUUUUACUGAGCUGUUUGAUCACUUUAAAUCAUGUUCUAAACUUUCAAUAAAUCACAUAUGUCCUUUUCAAUUAAUUGGAUGUCCCUACCAGGCCAUUGAUUCAGAUAAUCUCAAUAAUCAUCUGAAGUCCACAGAUCACUUUCUCAUUACAGUUUCUGUGGUAAAAAAACUGAAAGAAGAUUAUGAUGAAAUGCAACAUGAGUUAGGAGUUCAACAAAAAAAUUUUAAAUCACUUUCAAAAAAAUAUGAAAAAAUAGAGAUUCAAAUUAAAGAUGUUAGAGGUAUUAUAGUAGUGUUACAAGAAAGUUUAUUAAACUUGUCAGGUACUGAGGUAUCAGUGUCUGAUUAUCAAAUUAAAACUUUUGAAACAAAAUUGAACGAAUGUAAAGAAAAAAUAGAUAAACUUCUUCCAAAAAAAAAUAUGGAUGACUUUCUAUCUUUGCGGCCAAAGAUUGAGGAGUUAACUAGCAUUGCAGACAAGAUAGAGGUUGAUAAUGCUGUAAUAGGGGAAAGUAUAUCUGAAAUUGACCUUAAGUUACAGAUGCUUGAAAAUACAAGAUACGAUGGUAAACAUUUGUGGCGAAUUACUGAUUUUCGUUUCCGUUUUAAACAAGCUGAAGAAGGUAAAACCUUGGCUAUUCACAGUGCACCAUCAUUUACCAGUCGUGGCGGUUAUAAAUUUUGCAGCAGACUUUAUCUUAAUGGUGAUGGAAGUGGUUCAAAAACACAUUUAUCUCUUUACUUUGUUAUUAUGAAAUCCGAGUAUGACCAGCUAUUAGAAUGGCCUUUUAAGAAAAGAGUUACUUUUAGAUUAAUUAAUGUUUUAGACCAAGCUAAAAGUCACGUUGAAUCUUUUAUACCAGAUAUUAAUUCUUCAAGUUUUCAACGCCCAGUGAGAGAUAUGAAUAUUGCUGCUGGAUGUCCACAAUUUUUCCCUAAAGAGUCUCUUUUUUCACCUAAUUAUCUUGUCGAUGACACCAUUUUCUUAGAAACUAUUGUUAGUGAAUAAAUGUAACUUAUUUUAAAUUUUGUUAGACAUGUAAAUAAAAAAGUCAUAAUAAUA